GCUAAUGGCUGACGGUUGUCUAAGGACAAAAGGCUAUCUAAAUAAUAUAGAGUAGUUAAAAUAUUAACCAGGGCCGCCCGCCAAUAUGGCUUGAAGUCAAUAAGAAAGGAACCAAGUUUAGUUAGUUCCCCUGUAACCCAAGGGGAAAAGCAAGAGGAAGAAGGUCUGAAAAUGGAGGAUGGCUCUCUACAAAAAUCCCUGAAAUGGUUGGGAGGUUUGUCAAAUGGAAUCAUAAGCCACGAGCUGGAGGCCCUGACUUUGGAAGGACUGCAGAUUCUCCAUGGCCAAAAGGGUUUCAUACGCUAUGGGAAUUGGCAUGUUGGAGCCAUGGCCACGUUGAUUGACGACGUUGGAGCUGCUGCUAUUUACUCCGUUGCAGAUCAUGUCAAAGCCUCUCUUGAUUUCGACAUUUCGUUUCAUUCGACUGCCAAGAUUCAAGAAGAAGUGGAGAUAGAGGCAAAGGUUAUAGGGCAAAAGGGAAAGCUUACGCAGGUGGUGGUGGAUGUCAGAAGGAAAGGAAACGGUGAGCUAAUUGCUUUGGGUAAGCAGUGGAUGGCCUCAAAUAAAGAUAGUAUGAAGGCAAGUCAAGUGGAUCCAAUGCUGCAUCACCACUACCAGGUUCUUUAUAUCUUUGAACGGUGGAUUGGUUGGAUAUUUUCAGGGAGCAAGAGGAAUGAGACGAGGGGAUCGUGUUUCCCCAUACCUUUUUGAUAUCGCUGUCAAUGUUCUUUUCCAAACUUCUUGACGCAAUUGCCAAAUUUGGGGUGUUUGAUUAUCAUCCUAAAUGUGAAAGGGUAAACUUAACCCAUUUGUGUAUUUGCAGAUGACUUAAUGAUAUUCACCAAAGGCAAUUUGGGUUCUAUCAUGGGGGUGCAGAAUGUACUAAUGGUCUUCUACACUUUCUCUGUCCUGCAGUUGAAUUGUGUAAAAACAGAGUUAUUUUCUUAAGGUAUUAGCUACGAAUCCCUUCUGGAAAUGCAUCAGGUUUCCGAUGUUUAACUUGGUACGCUACCAGUUACAUACCUUGGAGUCCCUCUUGUAACAAGGAGGCUUACUGAUUGGUUGAAAAAGUCACGGA